AGUGGAGGAGUUUAAGUAUCUCAGGGUCUUGUUCACGAGUGAGGGGAAACUGGAGCGUGAGAUCGAUAGGCGGAUUGGUGCUGCAUCUGCAGUGAUGCGGGCGUUGUACCGGUCUGUCGUGGUGAAGAGAGAGCUGAGUCAGAAGGAGAAGCUCUCGAUUUACCGGUGGAUCUACGUUCCUACCCUCACCUAUGGUCAUGAGCUUUGGGUAGUGACCGAAAGAACGAGAUCACGGAUACAAGCGGCCGAAAUGAGUUUUCUCAGAAGAGUGUAGAGAUAAGGUGAGAAGCUCCGUCAUCCGGGAGGGGCUCGGUGUAGACCCGCUGUUUCUCCACAUGGAGAGGAGCCAGUUGAGGUGGCUCGGGCAUCUGGUCAGGAUGCCUCCUGGACGCCUCCCUGGUGAGGUUUUCCAGACACGUGCAACCGGGAGGAGACCUAAAGGUAGACCCAGGACACGGUGGAGGGACUAUGUCUCUCACCUGGCCAGGGAACACCUCGGGAUUCCCCCGGAGGAGCUGGCCCAAGUGGCUGGGGAGGGGGAAGUCUGGGCCUCCCAACUUAGUCUACUGCCCCUGUGACCUGACCCUGGAUGGAUGGAUUAGAAAGACAUUAAUGAUAAAUGAUCCACACAUGCUUUUCUGAGUCCGAGGACUCUACAGCACUUUACAGUGAACCAUUCAUCCAUUCACAUGCUGAUACUCAGAUGCAGGCAUGCUGCAUGCAUCAAGUUAAAUGAAGUAAAGGUUUGCAGCGAUGUCUUCAUGUCUAACAUGUUGCUUCCACUCGCUGGAGCUAAAGAGGUGUGUUUAGUUUUCAUGUAGCAGGCGUGGUGGAGCGUCAGCGACUCACAAACCAGCCAGAGAAGCACCGCUGGAAGUUCACAUGAACUUAACCUAAUCAAUGUAAACCAGUCAGAAUGACACCAUCACCUUUCAGACGCACCAGGUUCAGCUUAAACAGUGGCUGAUCAGACCACUCCAAACAAGAGGGGAACAAUUAACACACACACACACACACACACACACACACACACACACACACACACACACACACACACACACACACACACACACACACACACACACACACACCAGUCUAAUCAGUUCGGGUAACUCAGAUAACUAAAUCAUAAUUACAAACUCCCUAUCCAUAACAGAAAAUAUCCUUAAACACAAGCAGAAACAUGAAUCUCCCCUCCCUUGGGAGUAGGCAGAUGCCAUCAGUGCUGAUUAGGCUUCCUGAGGAGGUGAGCUGCAGGUGAGAAACUCCAUGGGAAACUCCAAGUCACUGGUAACUCAAACAGAAGUAGAAAAUCAACACAUGCAUUCAUAAACAGAAGACUGAUUGUGUGCACAUCAACCAGUCAUCCUGGACAGAACACAGAAAACAAACAUUACCAGAGGACCGUGUCCCUGAGGGGACAGACCCUGCUGUCACAUGGAGCCCGUCUGAACACGAACCAGGAGCCGUCAGACGGUGCAGGCGGCAUCUGUUUGUCUCUACUUGUUUCUGCAGACAUGCGAACACUUCAUCAGGCAGACUGUUUCAUCAUUUCGCCUUUUUCACUUCAGAUAAAGACGAGUUUCUCAGAUCUUUCUUGAGGUUUGGCAGUUUUAAUGAGCUUGUAGCAGAGAAACACUUCCUGAAUAACGCUGCCCUUAAAAAAAGCCACAAGGAAGGAAGUACUUUUUUUCAAAGCGGCCACUUUUCAAACUCGUUCCUCAGCUUUACCGCAGCAGAGUGCAGACACGCCACAGAAGGCUCAUUUGUGAGUUGUUGUCUUGUUCCUCGUCUCCUGGUUUGAGGUCGUGUAGCUUAAUGACGGCAGCAGAAACACGUCAUGUAAAAACGACGGUCUGAACGCUGACGCGACCCAGAAAGACAAGAAUCUCUCCCAAGCAGCUUUAAGGGUGGGACGGCUCUGUAACAAGGAAGAGGUCCGCUGCAGCUUCAGCCUUGCAGACGGCACCAAAACUUAAGAUGCUUCUGUCAUCAUUCUGCGUUUCCGUCCUCUCCGUGCUGUGUCUCAUGGUCACAACUGCCCGUGGCGGGAAGGUCCUGGUGUUUCCACAUGACGGGAGCCACUGGGUGAACAUGAAGGUACUUGUUGAGGAGCUGCAUCUACGGGGACACUCUGUGACUGUAAUCCGAGCUGCGGACAGCUGGUACAUCAGCGAGACGUCCCCACAUUAUCAGGCAGUCACGGUGGAUUUUGCCCUGGGAGGAAACGAGGAUUUCUACCGCCUUUUUGUCUCCGAGGUCAUUAAAAUUAAACGGAGCUAUGGGUCUGCAUGGGCCCGGUUUGCUUUAGACAUGGAGCUGAAAGACAAGUUCUUUGAAUUCCACAGAAAGGUUUGUGAAAUGAUUGUUUCCAUGUUUGAAAACGAAGAGUUGAUGAAGUCCCUCCGAGACGCUGGAUAUGAAACAGUUCUGACCGACCCUGCGAACGGCGGAGGCGUGUUCCUGGCCCACCACCUUGGUUUGCCAGUUGUGUUCAACGCUCGCUGGACUGUUCACGGCGAGGCGCACUUUGCGAUCGCACCUUCUCCUCUGUCCUACGUCCCACUUCCACCAUCAGAACUGACAGAUGGGAUGACCAUCUUAGAAAGGGUGAAAAACAUGAUCUUUUACAACGUGAGGAUGCAUCUGUACAGGCGGGUGGUCGGACCACACUACUCCGCUCUGUCGAAGCGCUACUUUGGUCCAGACGUGGACUACUUCUCCCUGUUUCAGGCAGCAGACCUGUGGCUCAUGAGAGUGGACUUUGUGUUCGAGUUUCCCCGACCCACCAUGCCUAAUGUCGUCUACAUGGGAGGGUUCCAGUGUAAGCCUGCCAAACCUCUCUCUCCAGAUUUGGAGGCGUUUGUGCUAAGUUCUGGAGAACACGGAGUCAUCAUCAUGUCGUUUGGGACUUUGAUUGGAGAUCUUCCUCCUGACUUAGCCCAUGAAAUCGCUGCUGCAUUUGCUAAGUUACCCCAGAAGGUCAUCUGGAGGUAUACGGGCAUCAAGCCUGCGUCCCUGGGCAACAACACUUUAGUGCUCGACUGGAUGCCCCAGAAUGACCUGCUCGGGCACCCGAGCAUUAAGCUCUUUAUAAGUCACGGGGGUACAAACGGGAUUUAUGAGGCUAUGUAUCACGGAGUUCCUAUGGUAGGCAUUCCCUUUGUUUUUGAUCAAGCAGACAACCUCUCCAGACUGAGAGCUAAAGGUGUUGCGAGGAUUUUGGAUGUUUCUGAACUGAAUCAGAAGACAUUAGUGAAAACCAUCCAGGAAGUGCUGACCGAGUCCUCCUACAGGGCGAACAUGCAGAGGCUCUCCAGACUGCACAGAGAUCAGCCGACGAAGCCGCUGGAGCGAGCCGUCUUCUGGAUAGAGUUCGUCAUGAGACACAAAGGAGCGGCUCACCUGAGAAGCGACGCCUACAAGCUGCCCUGGCACGUGUACCGCUCUGUAGAUGUCAUCCUGUUUCUCCUCACGGCAGCAGCCGCGGUGCUGUUACUGAUCGGUUUGUUAGUGAGCUUCUGCUUCAGAGUCUGCUGGAAAAGAAAAGACAAAUCAGACUGAGCAGGAGCGAUGAACGCCAGUGCCGGGCGGAGGAGAGGCGGUUCAUUUACUGUCGCACCACACAAAAUGUUUUCCAGCUUUAGGAAGAAAAGGACCAGCAGAUAAGAGCCUGGAGUCUGUUCAUCCGGCUGUAAGGUUCAGCAUCUUAAAGAAAACCCGGCCAGCCUCUGCAUGACAACUGUAGAUUCAGUGUAACUAGACUUUAUCAUCUAAGAUAAACUGGGUUGAGUUUUUUAAUUUUGUUAAGGAAUUUUGUCAAAAGUCAUAGAAAAUAGAAAUUCUCUCCUCUAAUCAGUGAAUUACUGUUUCGCAUUCGUCCCUUAAAGACGUCUAACGGGAAACCCAACACCCGUCCUCGCCGAGCAGAGGUUUCAGGAGCUACGUCUGACUGAUGACACGUCGUCGUCUGCUGCAAGGCUGACGCAGGAAGUGUCCAGAGUGAUGUCAUCAGCUGGUUUGAAGAUAUCUUCUGUUCUAAAAAACAGGAUUUUCCUGAAAAUCCAGUGGUGAAAAUCCCAAACUCCGUUUCAGCUGAGCUUUUAGUUCGCUUCACAUAAGUCUUUGGAGGAAGCUCAUUUCAGUCGUGUCCCAGUCAGAGGAACGCAGAGACGGAAGAGGGUGCCACGCCCUGGCUCGCCCAUCUGACAUUAAACCCGAGGUAUCGAGCGAGCAUGGCGGCCCCAGCUGUACCAGGCAGGUCAGGGAAAGGUCAUGUUUGGCUUCUUCUCGCAUCGUCUUUUGGUUUUCAAAAGCAUUUACACUACACUUCUGCCUCUGGCCGAUCAUUUACAUAAUCAACCCUCUAGAUUGGAAUGACCGUACCGCUGUUACAUUGCUGCGCUGCAGACAGCAGCUGUUCUCCGUCAGCUUCGUACGGCCUCGUCUGUGGAUCUAGGAAUCAAACGCUGUGGGAACCCAGGCUUUGGGCCAAUCAGCAGCUUCACAACAAACGGUUCUGGCAGCUAAAAAAGAUAACUUGAAUGUUUUCUUUCCAAAACCGUAACUCAACUGAAAGUUUUAUUAUUAAGAAUUUUUCUGAGCAAAAGGUUUCCAAAUUUCAGAGAAAUUCGUGUGAAAUUCAUCAAACGGGUUUUGAAAACCAAAAGACGAUGCGAGAGGAAGCCAAACAUGACCUUUCCCUGACCUGCCUGGUACAGCUGGGGCCGCCAUGCUGGCUCGAUACCUCGGGUUUAAUGUCAGAUGGGCGAGUCAGGGCGUGGCUCCCUCUUCCGUCUCUGCGUUCCUCUGACGGGGACACGACUGAAAUGAGCUUCCUCCAAAGACGUAUUUUUGCUUUCAACAAACUCUGAACUGUGCAGCAUGUGUUGCCACACAUGAAGGGUCAAUUAAAAAUCUGUUUCAGGAUUUGGAGCAUUUUGUGAAAGUUCCGGAGAACAUAGAGUCGUCAUCAUUGUGUCUCUGGAGACUUUGGCUCGUGAUCGCUGGAGCGUUUGCAGAAGGUCAUCUGGAGGUAAAGGGGUCAGGCCACUUUAUAAGAGACAGAAUGAGCUUUUAGGACAUCCUAAAAUUAUAUUUGUUUUUGAUGGGGGAACAAUGGUGUUCAGAAGGCCCUUCAUCAUGACGUUCCUGACUUUUGACCAGCACGAUCAUUUAUUAAGGACUGGAGUAAGAGGAACAAGGAAGAAAAUUGGUAUUUCUACUAGGAGUGAAGAAAUAUUCCUGCGGGGUGUUUAGGAAGUCCUUACAGAUCCGUCCUACACAUCGACAUAAAUAUACUGGACAUCUCCUUUCCAUAGACUCCAAUAAUACGUUUUUGUACUAAAAUGGGAGGUGGCCACCACCGCCAUUUUGACCGUGUCACAGGUUCCGUCAAGCCCAGACAAUUCCAAAAAAGGGAAGAGAGGUGGAGCUGAGGGUGUGGCUGUAAGGCUGGGAUCAACUGACGACACCCGGUCGAAAUAGCUACAAGCUAACCUGAAGCUAACCCAAAGCUAAUGCGGAGGUGGGAGCUAAGCUAACGGAGGUAGCAACCUAGCUACAACCGGAGUCAACUGUGCACAACACCAGAGCUUCUGAGUCAGAGAUACGCCGGGCUGACCGCUGGGUAAAACCGGGUGGAACACAGAGGUCUCCGAGACCUCCACACGCCGUCAGCCUGCGCAGCACACAGAAGCUGCGAUCAAACAGAGAUGCGCCGAGCUGCAGGGAGAAACAGCCGGUGUUCUGAGAAAAUGUCCUACUUUGGCAAAACGUCCUACCCGUAGGAUAAUUUUACGGUGUUUUACAUGACACAAACCCUAACCAUAACCCAAAAAAUCAAGUAUCAACGUCAAUAAAAAGUACUAAUACUUACUACUUAUCUAUUUUCCUGCAAAUAUGACAGCGGAGAAGCAUUCCCAUUUUGUGUUGUGCGCAUGCGCGCACAUGCUCAGUAACAACGAGUAGGACGGUUUACGGGGUAGAAAUUCCCAGAACACCGGCAUUCCGCGCAGCAAACAGAAGCCGCGAAGCCAGGGGAGAACGGGUGGAAAUCAUCGGUGUCCCGAGAGCUCCACAAGCCGAUAGUGGGAACCCAGCUCCACCAACAUGUUAUAUUUCAUCCCAUUUUCUAAAGUGCAGCAUUAUGUUAAAUGCACUGGGUUUUACCCUAUUACAUUUAAAUUUCAUGGUUAAACAGUACAUGUUAAAAUCUAAGCUCAGCUCGGCAGUGACCUAAAAUACAUAAAUAUAAUUUUACUUACCGAAAAAAAUGAAGUGGAGACUCCUUGGACGCUUUAUUAGUGCAAUUAAUGCCACAGCAAGUCAUUUUGUCCAACAAUUGCACAAAUAAUAUCCAAACAAGAAUACACACACACAGAGACUCAAAAUCCCGGAGCAGUUUCCAGGCCAGACCGAGGCUCUACUGAGGCCUUUCCACGGAGCUAGCUCUGUGGUCACGUGGGUCUGAUGCUCAUUAAUUAUACAGAAGUUUAGGCUUUUAAUACACUUAAACAGAAAAGUGAGAAAAAAAUUCACCCCCCUCAGAGUUGUCAUGAGUGUAAACUAGAUCAUUUAAACCUAAAACAUGUUCUGGUACCAGGCUGUAAACAUGUUGAUUUCUGCUGUGAAAUUGGUAUUUUUAACAUGGGAGUCAAUGAGGAUUUGCUCGCUUCUGACACCAGCCCCUAGUGGACGGGAGUGGAACUGCAAUUUUUGGUACUUCCGGGUUGAGACCAAUUUCUGAGCGGCAUUGUUCAAUAAUACCAGCAGCCGGCGCGCAAAGCAUGCUGGGAUACCCUUGCUCUUGUGAGGAUCCAUCAGACCCAUCCUCGAAAUGUGGGUGGAGCGAGGACGCGUUUGAGGACGCGAGAAUGAGUAUUCUUUUUUUUUAUUGCAGAAAAGCAUAUUUACAUUACAAAUAAGGCGAACAUGCCAAUGUAUUCAGAUGAGAAUUGAACAGUCAAUGAAAAGGGGGAGGACAAAAAAAUAAAAAUAAACUAGAACUGCAAGCAGUUAUCAACGGGUUCCAAGCCCCCAGCGCCAGUCGCCCACCCGCCCCGCCCUCAACUUCGCCAGUCCUCACGCGGUCCCGCCCCAAAAACACGUUCUCCCGCCGGCGUCCCGUCAGCUCACUUCAACCGGCGCAAUGAAAGUAACACUCAGGAUACGUCAUUAAACCUGCAAAGCCUAUACACAUAUCUUUCAGAGGCAUGGCUGACUUCUCAAUCGUGAUUACAAUGGAAUUCCACUGUUUCCUUAUUAAAGAACGUGAAGAUUUAAUGAGUGAGAUUAUCAAACAAUCAUCUAUACAUCAACAGAAUAUUACAAAUAACAUAAAGACUUGAUAAUGUCUUUAGAUUUAAUAGAUUUUCAACAAAAACAAUGAGUUUCAUUUUGUGACUUACUGAUCAAUUGUUUUAAAAAAUCAUGAAAAAUACAUAAAUCAUCAUAAAAUUACCAAAAUAUUCUCACAUGGCAGUGUUAACAUGCGGAAUAAUAUGAUGUUGUUUUUAAAUCAGUUGACUCAAAGCUUUUUUGAAGAAAAAUUAGGAAAUAUAACUAUAAAGGUCACAACAAAAAUUUAAAUAUUCAUAAAAAAAUAGUGCUACUUUCUAUAAUUAGGAGAAAAAUCUCAGAUCACCAUAGGUACGUGUGGAAUGUUGUAAAUGGCUUAUAUUUACUGUAUACCUAAAAAGUUUUCUAACAAAAAUUAAUUACGUUGUUGUCCAACUAUACAGAAAAACUGGUAAAAAGUUAAAAAUUAAUUAAAAAUCUAUGCUUUUGUACAGAAAUCUCAAAAUAUUCCCAGGUUGCCUCUGUGACGUGAGAAUUCUUCUUAUAUUUUUGUUGGGGUCAUAAAUGUAAAACUGUACUUACAAUAAAAUAAUAUUUGCAUUAGUGUCUGUAGACAAAAAUAUGUCCUAAAAUUAAACACAAGGGGGAGCUCAUAUCAAGACGACAUUUUUUUUGUUUCAUAAACCACCUAAGAGUGAACUUUGUAGCAAAUUACAAGAAGGUUGUGAGAACAGAAUUUGCGCUACAAUUGCUAGCCUAAAAAUGUAUUUUCAUAAAUAUAAAGCGUAAACCUCAACAUGGAGCUGCGGCUUUCGUGACAUAAGCUCUAGCCUAUCCAGCUAACACAAUCUGGAAAUCUUAGCCUCUUACAUGCAAAUAAUGAUUUUUAGGAAAUUUUUCAAAUUUGAAAUUUUAAAUGAUCAUAAGCCACGCCCACUUUGAUAAAUCAUUACCAUAUUGAUAAUGUAAUCUUAAGACUCUAUAGUGAUGACAACCACUAAGUUUCGUGCAGAUCCAUUUAGCCAGUUCAGCAGUAUAAUUUCUUCCCAGUUAUAGCGCCCCCUAUUGUUUAAUCAAGUUGAAAACCAGGACAUACACUUGAAUUGACCUUAGGUAUGACUGUUAUGAACAGCUUUGAAAAAUGUCAAAAUCUUUUGAAGUUACUCUAAAAAAACUUUUUCAUUCUCCAAAAUUUUUAAAAAAAAUCAUAUUAAAAAAAAUAAGCAAAUUAUCCAAAAUCC